AUGGAUACGUCCCGUUUCACACCUAAAAAUUUAAAACAAUUAAUGAAAAACAACGGCGAUGGUUCAUUUGACAUUCAUACUCCCUGGUCAUCAUACGAAAAAUACUGUAUAGAAAUCCAUACACCACCUGCGAAUACAGUAUUAAUUCCAUUUUAUAAAAUUUAUAUAAGUUGGAUUAUUCUUAGUCCUCAAUCUUCAGCGUCUUCUAAUGAUGAAACAUUUAAAAGUUCUUGUAAUUUAAUCGCACCACCGACAAAUUUUAUAAUAACAUUACAUAAUGAUCCAAAAUCUUCUGGAAAUGAGUAUUCUCAAAAGGUCACAUCCAAAUGGUCAAUUCCUAUUGCAUCAGAUGUUAAACCGAAUUCUUAUCUUUGGACAGUUCCAUUACUAGAGAAUUCUGAUAGUAAUAAUUCUCUUGGUAAUGGAAUAGGUGGAAUUUCUAACAUAGAUAUGGGAGAGAAGAAGAUUAAAAAUAUGUCAUUAUUUUAUAUUCGAGUCGAAUCGAAUGCUAUGGUAAAUAAUGUGAUGGAAACUGUAUUUGGUGUUGUUGGGCCUUUGACUGUUUGGAAUACUCCUGAUAAAGAAAAUAAAACUUUGUUUUUACCUGAAAAAAAAGAAAAAUUACCUCCAAUACUUAGUGAUGGAACUAGAUUGGGAAAAUUGGUGAACAUUUUACCCACUUCUACGGUGGUGGAUGAAUUGCUUUAUUUUGAAAUAUAUUCUUAUGAAAGUGGAAAUAUUGUUCGAAAUGAUUCCUAUCCAAAGUCGAAAGUUGAGUCGUAG